GAAUUUGAUAAGUUCAAUUCUAGUAGGUCUUUGAAUAAUUGUUAUGGGAAAGUCCAACAAACCUACUUUUUUAACACAAGGAGUGGGGGAAAAUAAAUGGAAUAGCCUAAGUUCGUGGCUAAGUGAUAAGCAGUGUACUGGUAAAGUAGACAUUCACUAAUUGUAACCUCUGGAACUUCGUAGAUAAUAUUGGCACAAAAGUGCAUGCAUUUUAGUUGUUUUUUAAACGAGUUCUAUUGUUAUCAAGAUACAAAAUAAGUAACUUACCGUGAAGGUUGUCAGUUUUUUAUUAAAGAAAUUUCCAAAUGGAUGACUUUGACAAAAUAUUGAAAACGUUUUACUGGCCCGACUAUCUUAUGUUAAUAUUGAUACUAUUAAUAAGUUUGAGUAUUGGGUUCUAUUUUGGAGCUGUUAAGGGUUUCAAAAGUACAGAAGAUUAUUUAAUGGGUAAUAGAAAAAUGCAACUUUUUCCAAUUACAAUGUCGCUGAUAGCAAGCUAUGUUAGUGGAAUUUCUAUUUUGGGGAUCCCCACAGAUGUUUACCUUUAUGGAAUUCAUUAUAUAUUCUCUCUGAUUGGACUCGUAAUUACCUCAGUAAUAAUGAACUACAUCUACUUGCCUGUUUUUUAUAAUUUAAAAUUAACUUCAUGCUACGAAUACUAUGAAAAAAGAUUUGACAAAAAAGUCAGAAUAUUCGGAUCUGUUUUGUUUGGAAUUAACACGAUAACAUGGAUUGCACUAGUUAUGUAUGUAUCCGCUCUUACUUUAAAUAAAGUUACAGGACUUAGCAUACAUUUAAUCACCCCUACGGUCUGCAUAGUCUGCAUAUUGUACACAUUACUGGGAGGUUUAAAAGCUGUUGUCUGGACAGACGCAGUGCAGUCCAUAAUAAUGCUUUGUUCGUUGUUAUUGCUUGUAAUAAAGGGCACAUUUGACGUUGGUGGACUACAUGUAGUCUUAGAAAGAAACCUGAAGAGUGGACGCAUUGAAGGCCCUAGUUUAGAUCUAAAUCCUACGUCCAGAUACACCCUUUGGUCACUAUCUAUAGGAGCUGCAGUCUACUUUCUGGUAACAACCUGCACUGAUCAAACUAUGCUACAAAGAUAUUUAGCACUACCUUCAUUGAAAAAAGCAAAAAGCGCAAUGUACCUUUUUGUCAUCGGAUACGGUAUCUUCGUCGCAUUAUGUUGUUACAGCGGUCUUUUACUAUAUGCAACAUUUUACAAAUGCGAUCCUCUGAAAACACAACUUCCGGUAAAAAAAGACCAGCUGCUACUCCUUCUCGUUAUGAAAGUUUUGUCUACGUGUCCUGGUUUACCUGGUAUUUUUAUAGCAGGAACACUGAGUGCCUGUCUAAGUUCCUUAUCAACUGGGCUCAACUCGAUGGCAGCUGUAGUUGUACAAGACUGUCACAAUUUUUACUUCAAACAAACUAUGACAGAAACAAAGGCAGCCCGAAUAAUGCAACUUACUAUAAUCUUUUCUGGAACCAUGUGUGUAUGCUUAGUGUACCUAAUACAACAGUUAGGUACCAUAUUACAGGUUUACAUGAGCGUAGGAGCCAUCACAAAUGGAGCGUCACUUGGCUUAUUUACAGCUGGCAUUAUUUUUCCAUCAAUAAAUAACAAGGGAGCCCUAAUGGGUGGAAUAUCGUCUCUAGUAUUUAUGGCAUGGUUAUGUUUCAAAGCUCAAGCUGCAAUAAGUUCUGGAGAACUGUUGUAUAUUCAAAAACCUCUAACAACUGAGACAUGUCCACCUAAUUUAACACAUGUCCGACUCGAAGCGGACCAUUUACUGUUGAACGCGUCAACAUUAGACCAUUCUGGAAAAAGUUUUAAUUUUUAUCACGUCUCGUACCUUUGGUAUACUUUAAUUGGAACAACGGUUGUAAUUGUAGGUGGUCUUAUAAUCAGCAUGAUAAUCAAGGACUCGAAAAAAGUUGAUCCAAAGUUGCUGAUACCGUUAAAUAGAAACAAGGCAGAAAAAACGUAUAGUCUUACUUCAGCUGAAGAGAAUAGCUUAACAUCUUCGUCGAAAAUUUAACUUACUUGAUAUGCACUGCAUUAGUUUUAAGCUUAUUCUUGCAUUCCACUGGUGACACCAAAAAGUUAUGGACUCUCCUGAUGAACUCAAUGAUCUUUACACUUUAAUUGUGAUUUAAUUCUGUUUUCCACAAAUAAAAGCAUAAUUAAAAUGUAAAAACCACCAAGUAU